AUGCUUUCUGCUAUUGCACUUCUCUUGGCCAGCGGACUGACCCAGGUUGCAACAGAGGACAGUUGCACUUCCAAAGGUCAGGAUCGUCCCUGGCUGCUGCUGCAGCACCGAGCCAGGGUCGGGAAGCAACCUGCCCUUCAAGCAGCUCAGAAUUGGUACUACAAGGCGGAGGAUUUCGGCGAAGCCAAAGUCGGUGCUUGGGGAGGUUCCUGCCGAUGCCCAAAUGGCGAGGUCUAUCAGGUGGGUGACAACUUUGACGGCUGUGAAAGCUUGGCAUGUGUCGGUGGUGAGGAGGGGGAGUGUGAAGAUGUGGACAGAGAGGAACGCAGGGGCAUGAAAGUGCGAUGCGAUACUCCACCGCCACCGCCACCUUCGACCCCUCCCCCAGGUCAGCACAGCCGAGAGGCCACGCGAUUCUUGUCCUGGAACGUCUACUAUGCCAACGAUCUGCUUGGCCGUGCAGGUGAGGUUGCAGAGGCCAUCCUCGAGGUCGACCCAGAGAUCGUCUCCCUGCAGGAGCUGUGGAACGAAUGGGAUGAAAUCCUGGCAGAACUGAACCAGAAAUCCGCUGGAGACAUUUGGGAGUUCGCGCGGGGAGGUGACACGGAGUCCAAGUGGGACGGAGACAUUGUUUUUCGGCGCGAUCUGUGGAUGCUUGAAGACAGUGGCAUGCAUGCCUUCGAGGACCGUGGAAUCAGCUGGGCAGUACUCCACCGACGCCGUGAUAAAACCGGUGUGGUUGUCCUUGGAACCCAUCCCUGGUGCUGUACCAACGACGAGCCCAUUCUUCGAACCGUGCAGAAUGACAUUUUGGAGGUGAUCCAAGAACAGCGGGCUCGAUACCCGCAGUACCCGGUGGCAGUUCUGGGAGACAUGAAUGCAAAUUUCUUCGCAGGAUCUCAGUUCCUGAUGCGCGAGGGCACACGCAGGGCUCGUGGUCGCGAUUGGAGCAUCCUGCCGUACACAUUCAAGGACUCCUACAACAUCAACGACAACGAUCCGGAUGCAUCGACUGGCUUCGGGGUGAAGAUCGACUUUGUCUAUUUUGAGAAGACGCCGCUGCCCAUGGGGCAGGUGGUCGACUCAAAGAUAUGGCGAGGCUGUGACAAAGCUGGCAGCGACCACUGUGCUGUCUCUGGGGACAUCAUACUGACUCCAAGAGGAACAACCGGUGUGCCUUCGACUACGACAGCCGGAGGUCCAACCUCGCAAACCUCCACGACGACUACGACGACCCGCUUGUUGACUCAGCUGUCCUGCGCAGACUUCGGGACGUGGCCGGACAUCGACGAAGUCACCUGCGGCAACUGCACGGCCCUGGUCCUCACCGAUCCGUACGGCGGCCGUUGCCAGACCUUCUGCAGCUCCUUUGGUCAUGUCUGCGUGGCAGCCGCCGAGGAAGUCAGCGAGGGAUGUGAGGUGCAGGAGCAAAAGAGCUGCGACGAACAAAUCUCUGGGACCUCCGACAUGCUGUGCACCUGCGUGCUCCCGACUGAGCCAGCUUGGCGCUCACUUGGUGGAGCCGCGAAUCGUGUGUGCAGAGGGGCGAACUCGAAGGACAAUUCCGCCAAAUACUAUCAAGUUGUCAGUGCCGACACUUUGGAGGAUUGUCAAACUCUGUGCUCCUUUACUGCGGGCUGCAAGGGCGUGGAGUACUCGGCCCGCGGCAAGCGCUGCGAGGUCUGGACGAGGCCAGAGGGCAUCGGAGCGACCGCCGCUGCAACUGGCUUCGUGUGCCUGGAGAAGGCUGCAGCGGCUGCCAAGCCGGUGCCCCUCAGUUUCAGGCCCGUGGACGGUGGAGAAGGUCGUGCAUGCCGUGGUGCAAAUGGUCGGAACCAGCCAGAAUUCUACCGCGUUCGCAAAGCAUCGACGCUGGAGCUCUGCCAAGGCCUAUGUGCACUCACGGAAGAUUGCAUGGGAAUAGAGUGGAGCCUCAAUCGCUGCGAGCUUUGGCUGUCACGGAUUGAAGCUUCACAGCCUGUGCGCGGCUUUCAAUGUCACAGCGCUGCUGGUCGCAUCAUGACGGCGUGA